UAUGAUAAAAGUUAAAACCUAAACUUUUAAAGGUGUAAACUGUAGAUGUUGUUACUUUAAGCUAUAAUAAUCUUUUGUAUUUAACGUACAUGCCUAUUGUAUUAAAUAUCAUUGCAUAACAGUAGAAAUUUUCUUUUGAGCAGUUCUCAUUGACGCCUCUUUUAUCUAUUUUUCUACUGCUAAACGUUGUGUUUAGGAAUUUAGAGAUUCACGAACGAAAUUUUGUCAGUUGUAGUUUUCAAACAGCAAUUAGCCUUCGAUAGUAAUAAUCGAUUGGAGUUAGGACAUUCAUUGGACAUGCCAUGGCAGAUCAGAGUAUAACUUAACUAUUUUGUGGACAGCUAUUCAAUUAUUUUGUUACUGUGACAAAUUUUUUGUGAAUAGUCCAUCCUUUUCCAUUUAUUAUACGACAUGAACAAAGAGUUUCUCCAAGUAGUGCUAGCAUCGUCUAGUGUUCAGGCUGUAGACAAAUCAGAUAGCAAUGUUUGGAUUAUUUGUAAAUCAACAAAAUACCCACACCUUCCGUAUUACUUUAAUACAUCAACUGGUGAAGCAGUGUGGAAUUUGUGUGAGGCAGAAAUUACUAAAGCUAGAAAAACUGCAUUAAUAAAUCAGCAAAAAAUUCAUAACUUUCCUGAGCCAACUGAAUCACCAAAUGACCUUUCACUACACCAAAUAAUAAGAUCAAGAAAAUUUGGACAGAGAAAUGUAUAUAACAAGCAGAUAAUUAACAAUCAUUUUUCUGGAGUAGCAUUUACUUCCUCUGAUUCUGUUGGGACACAUGACAACCUCACACCAAUAUUACAGUAUCCUUCCUUGAAUAAUGUUCCUUCAUGCUCUGAUACGUCUCAAAUGUCCGAUCUGCAUGAUAUCCCUCAGACUGUAAAUUCAAACACAUGUAUUCCUUUAUCAGAGAGAUUUCAGAAAUUUUAUCACACUGAUAGUACCAAAACAGACAUUACACAGAAUAGUAAGGCAACACCAUCAAAGCAGAUGUUUCAAAGAAAUGUAGAGGGUCACAAAAUUUUUCCUCACAAUUUUGAUUUGAGAUAUAAGUUGUCACAUAUGAGGUUAUCUCAACAGAUGACUAAUUUGGAGCCUGAUAGAAACAUUGCUGAAGAUCAACACCAAAGGGUAAAUAAAGAAACAAGUGCCCCAUAUACCAAUGAAGACGAAGUCUCUCCUAAUUCAGAAACUAUAAGAAGUAUACUAAGAAUUGAUUCAGCAACAUUAAGUGACAUAUGGUACUUAGUUGCAGAUAAGGAUGUAUUCAUAUAUAAUAUAGACAUUAUUCAUACAAUAAUCAAUGCAGAUAACAUUUGCAGUCUAAUGAUUCCAAAGAUAGUUAUGGAAGAAAUUGAAAGAGAUGCAUCUCAACUAGAAAAUUCUGAGCCCCAUAGAGCUGUGUUAUAUAUUUACAAUGCAUUGGAAUCAGAGAAAGCUAUAAUAGAUGAAAAAUUUAACUCUAAUAGUGGAUGGAACCCAUUAAUAGACUGUUGUGCAAAACUAGUAAGAGAAAAUGCUCAAGUGGUUCUCAUUACAAGUAGCAAUAAACUUCAGGAAUGUAGUAAAAUGUUUAGUUUUCCAUUGAUAACAGUUGAAGAUUUUAAAUUCUCACUAUUACAAUACAAAUCCAGGUCUUCGGAUUGUAACAUAGAUUUGAAUACUACUGGAGUUCAAACUGAGGAUAUAACUUGUAAGGUUGAGACUGCAGUACAAACAGAUUACGCCUUAGAUGUAGAGAUGGACGAGACAACAUUUAUACAACAAUCAUAUACUUUUAAUGAAUCUUCUACUUUUGGAGAAAUUGAAAUUGUUUCUCCAAAUUCCAACCUGCGUACACCUUUAAAAAAUCCUCAGUCUUUUACAAGUAAUACUGAUAUGAUUCCUACAUAUGAUCACGAGCAUUUUUCAACUACUGACAUUCAAAUAACAUCAGAGGAAAUAGAAAAUGUACCUGCGAAUACGGGGGAACGGCCCAGACUGAGAAAAAGAUCUAGGUCGGUUACAAAUAAAUCCUUCAAACCAAGUAAUCUGUCGAGUAAUGAAAUGAAGCUGAGAAGAACUAGAUCUGUUAUAAAUAAAUCACAUGCUUCCGAAUCAAGUUUGAUUUCGAAAGAUGAACAAGAAGAUCCUUCAAAUGCUGUUAUCCAAACAGCAGAGGUUGAAAACAUCUCAGCUAAUGCAACAGCAAAUCUAGAACGUCGCAGAUUGAGAGGAAGCACCCAUAAUAAACAAUAUUUUCCAAAUACUACCACCCAGAAUUCCACUGAAGAACUUAAAAACAAAUCCCCAAAUCAGAAAAAGCGCAGACUGAAAAGAUCUAGGUCAGUAGCAAGUAAAUCACAUACUUCUGAAUCAGUUAAAAUGUUUCCAAAAAAUUACAAAGCAAGUUAUUCAGAUGCUGUCAUCCAAGAAACUGUAAACAUAUCAGGAAAUAUGGAACGGUACAUACGCAGACGAAAAUCAAGGCGAGUAAAAAAAAAGUCAACUACUAUUAAAUCAGGUAUAUCUCCGAAAGAAGUCCAGAAAAUUCCUUCAAACAUGGACAUCCAAACUACAACAGAACAAAUUAAAAAUAUUUCUACUAUGCCAAAACAAAACGCAUUCAGAAAAAGAUGUCGGUCUCUUACAAAUAAAUCACAUACAUCUGAAUCAAGUGAUAAACGAGAAAUAGAUGAACAAGAAAGUAUAUUUCAAAGGACAUCUUCCGAUUUUAUGAAAAGUUUCGGCAAAUCGAAAACAGUUUCUUGGGACCCAAUAGAGAUGAAGUCAAAUGUUAAACUUAGAAAUAUAAAUACAAAAGAUGAUAAGUUAACUAUAACUGUUCAUUGCAAGCCUACGCAUGAAAUCAGCGAUGAUACUAAUGUAAUGUUUGAAAUAACUAGUCAAGCAAUGGAAGAUUAUUUAAAAAUGAAUAUUGAUGAAUGGAUUUCACGAUUCGUCCAAAUAAUGGAAGAAGCUUUGACACAAAUACUACAACAGGAACCAAGUUUUAUUCUUAGUACACUGCCACCGCCUUGGACGAUUAUUGAAGCUGUUGGCUGUGUCAAAAGAAAGUUUCACACAGAUUCUGAUAUCACAGACGCGGCAAAUAAGUUGUACAACGUGUUAUUUGAAGCUGGUGGUAUCCGAGGUAAAAUAACAAAUGAUAUAUCCCCGAAGACAUUUAUGAAAAUGUAUAGCUACGGAGUGUAUCUGAUUGAUACACUACAGGUUUUGUUCAAUAAUAAUGAAGACUUACAGACUGCAGAAAAGUCUUUGGCGAAGUUGAUUAAAGAUAUUCAAGAGCCCGAUUUAGACGAUUAUAACAAUGACUCAUUUCUUUAUCUUGAUUUAUGUGAAGCCAAUCCUAUCAUUGAUGAUAGUGUAAAGGAGACAUCUACUGUACCUCAAUACUCAGUACAAGGAGUACAUAAAUUAAAUCCGAAACAGUUAAUGACAUCAUCAAACAGUCUUUUUUCAUCGUCACCAAUUCCAACAAAAUCUACAACUGAUGUAUGUGAUAAAAGAAGUACGGAAUCUUCGAGAACACGAGUAGAGAAAUCGGAUUCGAAACAGCUUAUGACAUCACCCCUAGCUGCUGUUUCAUCUCCCCCGCUUCCAAUAACGCCAUCAAUAGAUACAAGUGAUAUGUCUGAUAAAAGUAAGAGUACGAAAUCUCCAAAAACACCGGUACAUAAAUUAAAACCGAAACAGUUAAUGAAAUCAUCACACAAUAUUUUUUCGUCGUCACCAUUUCCAAUAAAACCUUCUAGGGCUACAACUGAUAUAUGUGAUAAAAGAAAGACUACAGAAUCUCCGAGAACACCGUUAGAGAAAUCAGAUCUGGAUCAGCUUAUAUCAUCACCCCUAUCUGCUGUUUCUUCGCCACGUCUUCCAAUAACGCCUUCAGGUGAAACAACUGAUGCAUCUGAUAAAUGUAAGAAUUUGGAAUCUCCGAAAACACGGAUAAAUAAAUCAAACCCGAAGCAGCCUAUCACAUCACCGCUAGAUUCUGUUUCAUCGCCACCAGUUCCUAUAUCUACUUCUAGAGAUACAACUGAUACAUCUAUUAAAAUAAAGACUACGAAUUCUCCUGUGAAACUCGUACGUAAAUUAAAUCUUAUACAGCCGAUGACAGCAGCAUUAGCUGCUGUGUCAUCGCCACCGCAUCCAGUCAAUUCUGCAAGAGAUACGACUGAUCCAUCUGGAAAAAGUAAGACUACUGAAUCUCCUAAAAACCUAGUAGAUAAUUCAAACACGAAACAAUUAAUGAGUUCAUCACCAGAUGUCGUUUCUUUGCCAACAAUUCCAAUAACAGCUUCAAAGGCUACACCUGAUAAGUCUGAUAAAAAGUCACCGAAAAGUACGGCGAGAAACAAUUCUUCCAAUAGAAAAUACAACUUGCGUUCAUCUUGGCGACAACUUUUCCCUGAGGAACAAAAAACAGAACCAGGUGUUAAAAUUCUGAAAUGUUAUAACCCAAAAAGCAAAUUUCUUGACAACUUACAACUUCAGUGCAAAACUCGAAGCAAAUCUGCAAGCAAUGACUUUAAUGAAAAUAAAGCAGCACUUGGCACACGUGAUGAUGAAUCUCAAGAGGUGCAUAAUGAUACAUUUGAAACAUCGAGAAAUAACGAUAAUACAGAUUAUGAUGACCAUAUUGAAAAUAACUCUGUUUAUGAAAAGGCGGAAGCGAAUGCUGUUACGAUUGCAAAGGAUGUGAAAGAAAUUUUUGAAUUUAUCAUUAGAUUUUGUAAAGAAUCGGAAGCAGAAUUAAGAGAAGGAGUAGCACGUGCAAAAAAAGAACGAAUCAAGGUGAUUGCACAAGAAAUGGGCGAACAUCUGUACAAUACGUGUCUCAAAUUACUUAGAAUCAUACCGCGUAGAGCGAAUGGUGGAGACGAAAAUAAGUUGCCAGAUUCUAUUAAAACAGCAUGCAUCGAAAAUGGUUUGGAGAAGUUGCAGUACUACAGGGAUUUUAUAAAUGAAUGUUUGGUGGUGAGAAAGGAUAUCCAGAAUUGUCUGAGUCAUUUAAUUGAAGCAACUGAAGAGUGAUGUACCAAUGAAGAGGUUAUACAUUCCACCUUCUACGUUUGACCUUAUACCAUGAGUUUUUACUCUUCUAUUGCGUAAUAUAAGCCUCGGCACGAAUCUUGAGCGGUGUCAUUAACAGAAGUUGUGGAUAACCUCUGGGGAAACAUGAUGACGAACGGAUAAACAGCGUUCAGUGCUAAAUCAGUGGUUAAAUGCACAUUAAUGUCACUUAAUGCUCAAGUUUAAGGUAUCAUGAAGGCUUACGUUUUUCGAACUGAUAUCGAUAUAUCGACCGAUAUCGAUACAUCGAUACUGAUGUCGAUAUAUCGUACCGAUAAAUCGAUAUCGGUACAUGCUUAGUUUUAGGCAUGUCCAAUAUACGUUUGAGCAGUUCCUAUAUUCCCGAGAGUGCCUGUGAGGUUGCGUUCCAGCUUGCUGAGCAACAUCAAACCCAAAGAUGACUUGAGCGCGGUAUUAUCGCAUUACGCUACGCCGUGGUGAUUUUCUGGUACAUAGUCAUGUGAUACAUAUUGUUAUUUACGGGUAGACGAUGACUUAAUAUCGACUGAUUCAUAUGCUCGUUAGGUAUCGUUUCUCACAAAAAAGGAGUUUAAGUUUUGUGUAUUUUUUUCAGUUUUUUUUUUCAGUUUACAUUUUUUAUCUUUUUUUUCUUUGAUAGUCAGUUGGCACCAUUUUUAAGAAUGUGCAACAUUUUUCUGUUAUAUCACCAGGUGAUGUACAAAGUACAAAAUAUUGUUUAAAAAUUAUAUUUUAGUAAUAAGUAAUAAAGUUUGAUAAUAAACUAAA